AUGGAAGCCGCCAAAAAUUGCACCGAUCGACGCAAAAGUCACGUGAUUAACGUCAACCCUGUGAUAUCUGAGUCGAUAUUGGAUGUAGACUCGCAAAGGUACUACGUUUGGGCUAUAUUCAUACUAAUACAAGCGUGGAAACUCUAUGAUCUAUACCUACUUCACAAUACAAAUCUAUUUGAUGCAGCACACACUGAUGAACUAGAAUGGCUGCACGGGUUUGGUUUUUUGCACCCGAAGCUUGGGUUCAUUUUCAAAUACUUCUUUUUUGACAGUUUACUCAUAUUGAUAAUACCUUUCUUAAACAUACCCAAAUUGUGUUUUACACCAAUGUUGAGCGUUUUCCUCCUCUGUUUAGUCAAUCUUUCAACUGUAGUGCUUACCUGCAGUUUCUCCUUCACUUUUUCCUCAAUAAUGUACUCAAUAUAUCGUACGAUUAUACCCGAAAAGGAACUAGCCAUAAUGGAAACUUAUGUGGACACCGACUCAAUCAUCAACCAAUCUGACCAUUUCAAAGGAAGAAAAACUAUUCGAUACGCUCCUGAUUCUUCGAUAAAAAUUAAUCCAUUUGGUCAACAAUUCUGCAUACGGCCUGUUUACAACGAUAUAAUCAAGAUUCCAAUUAAAUUGGAGUCGACCUAUGAUCUGAAUUUCCUCCAAAUCAACUACCACGAUUUCAAUAAUGAUGAUUCAGUGUUAAACUAUACUCAACGAGAACUCAAAACUUUUAUUGUGGGUGAUUACUAUAACUCUGCUUAUGUAAAAUACGACCCCUCUGUUCUUGCUGAUAACAACGUCCAAAUUUUAGAGAUACCAGUCCAAAAACCCGGAUACUAUUCGAUCAAAGUGGCCACUGAUAAAAAAAAUAAAAUCAUACGCUCUUACAGAUCUGAUACAGUUGUCCCAGUCUGUCCAGAAGCUGCUUUCAUGCCUAAAGAGUCUUUUUCUUUAGAUAAAUGUUUGGACGAUGUGGUCGACGACUUGCAAAUCACUCUAUUGGGAGUUCCACCAUUCACAUUAUACUAUGAGGAGGAGAUAAAUGGAGAGCUUUCAAGGUUACCACCCACUCAUGUUUCUCAUGUCGAGAAAGUUGAUUCACCUUUGAACUCAAAAGAUUUGAUGCAACAUAAAAAGGUUAGAUAUGCCUCAAAUUAUUUGCAAGAUAUAUCAUGGGCCAAGAGCUACAACAUAUCAGUACCAAUUGGAGAGAAGAAACUACAGAAAUCAGGAAAGUAUAUUUAUACUAUCAACAAAGUCAUUGAUGGCUUCGGAAAUGUCAUUUCUUAUACACCAGAUCCAAAUGACAAAUUGUCUUUUCACUCCUUUUAUUGCCACCCAAAGCCAAUAAUCAGUUUAGUUGAUUCAAAACCAGCGAUUCCAAUUUUAGUGGAUAGUCAGAAAUAUCUCGAUGUCAGGAUUUCGAAUUAUGGUUCAAUGAACCGUGAAAGUCCUUUUGAAGUUGUUUUCAAAUACAUACCUAACGAGAAUGAGAAUUUGUAUGAUCCAACAACAUUUUUCCAAACCUUCGACCUAAACUCGAACAGCGAUUUGAAAAUCAUGGUCGAUAAGCCUGGUACUUAUAUGAUUGAACAAGGCUCAAGCAAAUUUUGCCCUUGUAAGUUAGGACCAUCUUCUUUGAACAUUCUAAGUGCCAAAUUACCAAAGAUGAGCGUAUCUCUAGACCCAAUAAUAGACAACUGCAUUGGAACAAUUGGUUUUAAGUUCAACAUUGAUUUUGUUGGUAACGCUCCUUUUGAAAUUGGCUACCAGAUCUCAAAGCUUGAUCCAAAUGACUCAAACAGAGUCUUGAGAGUUGAAAAAUUGAGUUCUAUUCAAUCGGACUCCACCACAUUGGAGUAUGUUUUCAAGCCUUCAAGUGAAGGGUCAUAUUCUAUUGAGUUUACCACUUUGAGUGAUAAAUUCUACAAAAAUAGAAUUCAUUUCGAACAGAGUGAGUAUCGCUACAUCACUUACUUCAAACAAAAACCCAGGGCAUAUUUCAGUAAAGGUAGUAAAGUUCAACGUCUUCAAUGUUGCCACGGUGCUCCAUCUCAAACAACCCUUAAUAUUGAAGGAAAAGCACCUUUUAAUGUUACAUAUGACAUUAUCUCACCUGAUUAUUCUGUCCAAAGCUAUACUUUGGAAGAUAUUUUUGAAAACCAGAUUCUUAUAAAAACCCCCGAAUUUGUUAAAGGUGGUGAAUACAUUUUAACAUUGAGAAGUGUAUCAGACUCUACAGAUUGUGACGUUGAAUUCAAGGGUCAGGAGGUUCAUAUCGAUGUUAAAAAUGAUGUCCCACAACUAAGCUUUCAAAGAGAUGAAACUUUCGAUAUAGUGAAAGGCGACUUUUUUACCGUACCAUUGAGAAUCCAGUCUAAUGAUCUAAUUGAUUUAGUUUAUUCAUACCAAUCUUUCGAUGGGCAAGUAAUUGAUACUAUUACUUUGAACCAUUUCAAUCCAGUCAAAGGUUUGCAGUUAUCUCGAGACGGUGUAUACCGGCUUGUUUCAUUUACUCAAGGUAAGUGCGUGGGUAGAGUUAUUCACGACUAUGCAAUUAAAAUCAAUUAUUUGUCACUUCCAUCUUUGAAAAUUGAUCAGCAUAAUACAGAACUUAUCGUUGAGAAAAACAACGUAUUUAAGAAACUCAAGGUAUGUCAGAAUCAAAAUGCCCAAAUAAUUUUCAACGCUGUUGGAUCUACCCCGUUUGCUAUCAAAUAUUCAGUUAAAUAUCCAAGUGGUAAAGUUGAAGAGAGAAUAGAACAAAUAAAUGGUGCUACAUUUACCCUGCAACUAUCCACAAACAUUCCUGGCUCCUUUGAGUAUAAAAUCAGGAAUAUUUAUGACUCCAUAUAUACAGAAGAGAUUCUGAAUAGAUUGGAGCGAUUGGGCUCCUACAAAUUUGACGAUAUUGUAUUAAAGCACGAAGUAACAUCACUACCGGUUGCAAAAUUCAUAGACACAAAUACUAAGAUUCAGACGUGUAUUUCAUUGUUGGACGAGACGGCAAAGCUCCCACCCAUCAAGGUUGAACUCACAGGAGCUCUGCCAAUGUCAAUGAAAGUUGACAUCUAUAAUGAGUACGAUGGUUCUUUAGAAACAGCCGAGUUUGCAGAUUUGGACUCAUCAGUGGUGGAUUUGAUGGUACUUUACCGCUACCUGGGAAUCGGUACUCACGUAAUUACAAUCAAUCAAGUUUUUGACGCCAACGGAUGCAGCUCAGAUGAAAACAAUAGCAAAGAAGAAGCGAUAACUAUUCAGGUGAAUGACGUGCCGAAGAUAAGGCACUUGAUUGAAGAAUCAAACCAACUCUCCGAUUUUGAUUCCACGGCAGAUGGUCAUUACUAUUGUGUAGGAGACCAGAUAACUUUCAUGUUGAAUGGGGUUGCUCCUUUCCAAAUCUACUAUGGAUUUAACAAUGCAUUACAGCAAGUAGAAGUUCAAGGUAACUACUUUAAACGAAGAGCUCCAGGGCCUGGGGAGCUACAGAUCAAAUCAUUGAGGGAUUCAUCUGCAAAAGACUGCAAGGUUGAUUACAAUGAUUUCGACAGAAAAGACUUAAAGGCAAUCAUAUACGAUUUGCCAUCUGUAGAAAUUGUUCAAGGUGAUAGUAUUGAAGAAGACAUUCACGAAGGCGAGCAAGUUGAGAUAACUUUUCUUCUAACCGGUACUCCUCCAUUCAAACUGACAUAUAUCAGGAAAGAACUUGAGGAUUCAUCGAAGAUAGUGGAAACAGAAAUAGUAGAAGAUAUUAUGACAAACGAAUACCAUAUAUUGGCAAAUUUGGAGGGAACAUAUGAAGCUAUCGAAAUUCAGGAUAGAUUUUGUGUAGCUAGGAAUCACAGGAUAUAA